UAUGUACAUUUGACAUAAAUUUUUGUUUAUGGAUCAGGACAUUCAUGAUGAAUCUGUGAAGAAAAGGCGUCGUGCUACUAAGAAGCCUCUCUCCAGGUCAAUUGUCGGCGCGUCCUUGGAGGUCAUUCAAAAGAAAAGAACUGAGAAGCCUGAAGUUCGUGAUGCUGCCAGAGAAGCAGCUCUGCGUGAAAUAAAGGAGCGGAUAAAGAAGACCAAGGAUGAGAAGAAGGCCAAGAAGGCUGAGGCUUUAACCAAAACGCAGAAGACCCAGACUAAGGGUAAUGUGCUCAAGGGUUCCAAGGGA